GUUUCUUUCCAUACAUAACACUCAGUGAGAUCAGAAAAAAAAACAAGCAGCCUGAGGUAAAAGAGUCAAGGUACACGUUAGUACUUACUAUCUUUGUAGCACGUACUACUACCUACCCAGUACUAUGUACGUAGACAAUAGUUAACUACCUGGUACCUACAAGACACCUGCAGUUUUGGCAAAUCCGCUUCGACGUUAUUGAUCCUUUUUUUAACCAUCAUUGAACAUCCCACCAUCCCACCAAAAAGAAAAUCAUACCUGCUAUUUAUUUAGUAGCUACCUCAGCUUGCACAUAUUCACCUAGUAGUUACAAUAUGGCCGACUUCAAGCUGUCUGCACAGCUUGACGGUCAUACUGCCGAUGUUCGACAUGUCUGCUAUCCUUCUCCAGAUAUAAUCUUCUCCGCCGCCCGAGACUGCACCGUUCGCACAUGGAAACGAAUCUCGUCCUCUCCUCCAGCUUUUGAAUCUUCUGUCGCUACCCAGGGAUCCGAGUUCUACAAUAGUCUAACCUAUCUCCCACCCUCUUCCGAAUACCCAGAUGGCCUAGUCGUCUCAGCUGGCUCGGACACUAUUAUCGAUGUCAGGAACGCUAGCGCAACGCCAUCAGACAAUGCCGAACGCCUAUUAAUCGGUCAUGCCCGAAACGUUUGCGCCUUGGCCGUUGUCCCCGGCGGCCAGUAUAUCGUAUCCGCCAGUUGGGAUAAGACUGCGAGAGUAUGGAGUUUACGCAAAUGGGAGACGGAAGCUAUUCUCACUGGCAACGAUGAGGCAGUAUGGGAUGUUCUCCCACUAGACGCUACAACCAUCGUGACCGCUUCUGCCGACAAAAACAUCCGCAUCUACGAUCUCCGAACAGUCACCGCCGCCCAGGUCGCACCUCGAUCUACCAUAUAUACCUCUGACGUCAUACGCGCUCUAUGUCAAGUUCCGAAGGGUCACCCGAGCGGCGCUGACUUUGCCAGCGCCAGCAACGACGGGGUCAUCCGUCUCUGGAAGCUAAGUGGCCAACAGGUUGGUGAGCUCCACGGCCACGAGAGCUUCAUUUAUUCUCUUGCAACACUGCCGUCGGGGGAGCUUGUAAGUUCCGGAGAAGAUCGAACGGUGCGCGUAUGGAGAGACUUUGAAUGCGUUCAGACAAUCACUCACCCUGCCAUAUCUGUUUGGUCCGUAUCUGCGUGUCCUGAAAAUGGGGAUAUUGUAACGGGAGCGAGCGACGGUAUUGUUCGUAUUUUCUCUCGCAGUCCGGAGCGUCUAGCUAGCCCGGAUACCCUUGCACACUUCAACGAAUCUGUGAAGUCGUCUGCAAUACCACAGCAACAAGUCGGCGGAGUCAACAAAGAGAAGCUUCCAGGGCCCGACUUUCUGAAGAAUAAGUCUGGCACCAAGGAGGGCCAGGUACAAAUGAUAAGAGAGGAGAACGGCUCUGUCACGGCCCACCAAUGGUCGAUGGGUCAACAGCAGUGGAUCAACGUUGGCACCGUUGUCGAUGCGGUUGGUAGCAGCGGGCGCAAGGUAGAGUACAACGGAGAAUCAUAUGACUAUGUCUUCGACGUUGCCAUCGAAGAGGGACAACCUUCGCUUAAGUUACCCUUUAACCUAUCAGAAAAUCCUUACGCAAGAGCCCAGAAAUUUAUCGACGACAAUGAGCUUUCACAGAACUUCCUAGAUCAGGUUGCACAAUUUAUCGUAACCAAUACCCAAGGCGCUACUAUUGGGCAGACUUCUGGGGAUUCUGGGGCCCCUGACCCCUAUGGCACUGAAUCGCGAUAUCGACCAGGGGAUGGUAAUGACUCUUCUAAGGCUAAAACUAUACCGCAACGCGAGUAUCUUGAGAUUACAGCUGCCAAAUACGAACCUGUCUUCAAAAAGAUACUCAGUGUCAAUUCUGCCCUUGUAGCAGCGGGACGCAAAGACCAUUCCCUAAACCCACCCGCUCAAGAAGUAUUAGCCGUUGUGCGACAGCGAUUAGAAGCAGGCCAGCCGAUUAUUGACGAAAGCGCUAUCAAACUGAUUUCCAUGAUGUGUACACAGUGGGAUUACUCAGACCGGCUAGCACCUCUUGACGUACUGCGGUGCGUUGCGCCAUCGCCCAUUGCCGCCAAGUUUAAGUCGCCAGACUGGGGUAGUCCAGUGCAGAUAGCUGUCUCUGCCGCGCUCGACGAUAUCCCAGCCGGUGCCCAGCCUAACGAGAAUUGUGCUAUGAUGGCUGCCCGUACGAUCGCGAACCUUUUCAAAUCAAGCGAGGGUCGAAAGCUACUUGCCCAACAUUUGGAAGGACAACGGGCAGUGGCAUUUUUCGAGCGAGUGUUAGGAAUUGGUGGUCAAACUGCAAUUGGCCCCUUUAACCGCAACUUAUUAAUUGCCGUGACAACAGCCAUGGUGAACCUCGCGGUUUUGGCAUCGAGAGAGCCCGGGAGCAUAUCAUCUAGCGUACAGGUUCGGCUACUGACGGCGCUUGCCCGGAUUUUACAGAAACAGACGGAGGCAGAGGUUGUGUUCAGGGCUCUUGUCGCAGCGGGGACUCUCAUCACCGUGAUUGGAAAAACAGCCCCCGAGGCACGAAGCCUGUCUUCGCCCAUAUCCCUGAGCAAAGAUCGCGCCACGGAUGCGCGAGUGAAGGAUAUCGCUGAUGAAUGUUUGGCAUUGCUGGGUUGAUCACCCGUUGAUAGUCCGUUGCGUUAGUUUAAGGCUGCGCAUGGGCUUAGCCAUACAGUACAUCAUUCCUCCCUCGAAAGGCAUUCGUGCCGCAACCAUAGAAUAUAGUAGCCCAAUAUUAGGCCGACAGUUCCUUGGCGGGUAGUUUUAUUCAACGAGGGAGAAACGCAUAACAAAAGAAAGAUACUACCUACUCCACGAUAUGAUAUGGCAGGCGGAUUGACUUGUUCUGUGUAUAUGAUAUGAAUACUAGAGAAAUGCAUGCUGUAAAUACAUAGAUAGGCUAGGUAGUUGAUCUUCCUAUAUCCCAAUGCUCUAUCGUAGAAUAUCUACUGUAUCUGUCCCGU